UCGAGGGUUACUGUUCCGGGGAGUUCUCUGUGUGCGCCCGAGGCCUGGCUGCUACCAUGAGCCGGCCCAGCCGCCUGCAGAGACAGGUUCUAAGACUGUACCGCGAGUUGCUGCGCGCCGGGCGAGGGAAGCCGGGCGCCGAGGCGCGAGUGCGGGCCGAGUUCCGCCAGCACGCCUGCCUGCCUCGCUCCGACGUACUGCGCAUCGAGUACCUGUACCGCCGCGGCCAGCGCCAGCUGGAGCUGCUGCGCUCCGGCCACGCCACGGCCAUGGGCACCUUCGUACGACCGCGGGGCCCGACCGAGGGGUUUGGGGGCGCCGGAGCCCUGGGAAUCCCGUCUGACAACGGUAACGGUCCAAACAACCCUCACGACGGAACGGGGGCACCAGAGACGCGGCCCAACGGACGGUGACAGCAGAGAAGAGCUCGAUGGCCUAAGGGAGCCAGGGAGCCCGCCUAACUGCGUGGGGAGACCGAAGAAGCUGCCUGAUGGAGGUGCGAGGUCUUAAUAAACUAGCUUGAUGGAUUGUCGGGAAGAACGAGCCCUCUGGGUGAUGCUGGCCUGGAGAGCCUUGUGAUGGGCGGCGAGUGUUGCCCAGCCUUUCCUGAUGCUUGGCUACAGGUUGUCCUCCUCCCCCAUGAGAGCUGGUAGGACCUGGGACGCCAGUAAGCGGAUGGGGUCAAGCCAAGAGCUACUUACCUGGAGGCAUGGGAAGCCCGGACACCCUGCUCAUGAACUGAGAGCCUGAGACACCCUUCUCUUGACCCCUGCGAACAUUCCCACCCCUGGCUUCUCAUGAAGACUCCUCUCUCCUGUAUUUAACUCUGAGAAGAGCAGAGAAGUAUUAGAGAAGUAUUUAACUCUGAGAAGAACUUUUACGGAGAAGUUUCAGGGAAGCUGCCCUGAUAAACGGUGAGAAGCUGGAUCCCCUUUGGAAAACCUUGCCCCGCAUGAAUGCAUUAAUUGUGACAAGCCAGAACCAUGAGGAAGGGGACAGGGGUCUCUCACCCAGGCUUAUUAACUAAAGACCCUUCAAGACCCCUCCUUGAUGGUUCAGGGGCAACCCUGACUUCUGUGCACCUUCCCCUUCAGACUGUUGAACAAAGGGAAUAAAAUUAGGGGUGUGCUUCCUUC